UUAGUGCUGUCAGCCUGUAGUGAAUUCAACGAAUAUCGGAAUUUCACGAUCACCGUCCUUUCACGCCGCCAUCCCGCACAAGGAAAGUCGCUGGCUCACCUCUGUUCAAAGAUUUUGGUUUUUGUCUUUGAUUAAGUCGGCCAGGUAAUAACAAUGUCUUACAAAGAUUCAAAAGCACCCACUGACGAGGCCCCAAUUCACAGAAUUAGGAUCACACUCACCAGCAGAAAUGUCAAGAGUCUCGAAAAAGUAUGUGCUGACCUGAUUAAGGGAGCCAAGGAAAAGAGCCUUAAAGUAAAGGGACCAGUACGUAUGCCAACCAAAGUGCUCAGGAUUACAACCAGGAAAACACCUUGUGGUGAAGGUUCCAAAACCUGGGACAGGUAUCAGAUGCGUAUCCAUAAGCGUCUGAUUGACCUUCACAGCCCUAGUGAGAUUGUCAAGCAGAUCACAUCCAUCAGUAUUGAACCUGGUGUUGAGGUCGAGGUCACCAUUGCUGAUGCUUAGAUUAUCUCCCUUUUACUUGUAACAGUGGAGUAAAACAAUAAAAAAUUGUAAAACCA